AUGAAAUCUGGUGGUGAGAAGUUGUGCAACGUGCACUGGGAGUUCAUGUACACUCAGAAGCACGGGGAUCUGACGAGCACCCCGCCCUUGGCCACUAUCCUGGAUCCUAAACGCAUCAUCGACGGCCAGCCCACAGCGGCUCACAACAAGAAUCAGGUUGCAGAGCUUGAGGCCAAGAUCAAAGAUCGCGGCAUCAAGCUCUCUAUGAAGAACGAGGUCGCGGCUGACAUCGACUCGACUGACCUCAGUUUCAAAGAGGGCAUGGCGCCCUGUCUGACGGCGUCUCGCGGCGCGAGUUCAGGCGCGUGGCUUGCUUUCCGGCGUCGCCGGAUGAACCAGGCCGAGCUUAUGAGGAUUCAGGGCAUGGACCCCAGCGUGAUUAAGGUCAGCAUGUCUCAAGUUGCCAUGGGGCGAGCCCUGGGCAACGCUAUGUCCCAGAACGUGCUCGAGCGCAUUUUCGUAGCCCUGCUCCCAUCGGUGGGGCUCGCGCAGAGCACAGAUUUGAAGGACAGGUACGCAGCCGCCUAG